UGGAGGGCCGGGGGCGGGACGACCGUGAGUCGCUCACGGGCCGGAUUGCAUUAUCCGCUCGCUUCCGCCGUGCCUGCCCUGCUCCACCGGCCAUUCUUUUUUUGUCCUCCGGCCGGGCGAGCUGCUCCUCCUCUUGCUCGCUCUGUCUUGUCUCGGUCGCCUACGUGCUUGCUGCCCUCCGCUCUCCGGCGCCUCAGCCAGCCAGCCGGAUCAUCAUUGGCCUGCCGACUGCAAGUUCAGAACCAGUGAUUCAGCAGAUGGUUGUUCGCGGCCGUUGAUCGCGACAGCCUCGUCGUCGUAGUGAGUGGUCGGAGGAGCGGCGCCGGCAGCAUCCAUGGCGGGGUCGUCGAGGCAGGCGUCGGAGAAGGUGGACAAGUGGAUGGCGUUCCCGUCGGGCAGCGCCGCCGACGCCGGCGCCGGCGCCGCCACCAGCAGCUUCACCUUCCCGCUGCCGCUUUCCGUGUCGGGUGGGGGCUUGGAGAUCGUGGAGGAGGCGUCGUCCUCCCCGGUCCCCGGCAACAGCAACCGGCUGCCGUCGUUCCAGCGCGCCGGGCGCGACAGCGGCGUGGGCAGCACCAAGUCGUCCCUCGACGGCGCGCGCGCGUCGGGGGACUCGUCGUCGGUGCCGCGGGUGUCGCAGGAUCUCAAGGACGCGCUCUCCAGCCUGCAGCAGACCUUCGUCGUCUCCGACGCGACGCGCCCGGACAUCCCCAUCAUCUACGCCAGCGCCGGGUUCUACACCAUGACCGGCUACUCCGCCAAGGAGGUCAUCGGCCGCAACUGCCGCUUCCUGCAGGGCCCCGACACCGACAUGGACGAGGUCGCCAAGAUCCGCGACGCCGUCAAGGCCGGCCGGAGCUUCUGCGGGCGGCUCCUCAACUACCGCAAGGACGGCACGCCCUUCUGGAACCUGCUCACCGUCACCCCCAUCCGCGACAACAACGGCAAGGUCAUCAAGUUCAUCGGGAUGCAAGUGGAGGUGAGCAAGUACACGGAGGGGCUCAGUGACAAGCGAAUGCGCCCGAACGAGCUGCCUGUCUCGCUAAUCCACUACGACGACCGGCAGAAGGAGACGGCGAUGUCGUCGAUAACGGAGGUGGUGCAGAAGGUGAAGGACCCGCGCGCGCGCUCCCAGGAGGAGGAGCCCAUGGAGCCCCCGCCGGCCCCGGCGUCGCCGCUGGUCGGCCCCGGCGCCAGCCUCAAGUCCCCGCUCUGGGAUCUCAAGAAGGAGGACUCCAAGCUCAGCAGGAAGAUGAGCGGCCGCAUCUCCCUCAUGGGGUUCAAGAUGGGGAAGAGGAGCUCGGUGGGAAGCAAGGAGGCGCUGGCAGCGGUGGAGGCGCCGGCGCCGCCGCCGCCGCCGCCGCCGCCAGAGGAGGAGGAGAAGGAGCGCAAGCACAGCUGGGAGCAAGAGGGGAGGGAGAGGGACAUCAGGCAGGGGAUCGACCUGGCCACCACGCUGGAGCGUAUCGAGAAGAACUUCGUCAUCACCGACCCCAGGCUCCCGGACAACCCCAUCAUCUUCGCGUCGGACAGCUUCCUGGAGCUGACGGAGUACACGCGGGAGGAGAUCCUCGGAAGGAACUGCAGAUUUCUUCAAGGGCCGGAGACCGACAUGUCCACAGUCGACAAGAUCCGGGAGGCCAUCCGAGAGCAGAAGGAGAUAACGGUCCAGCUAAUCAACUACACCAAGAGCGGGAAGAAAUUCUGGAACUUGUUCCACCUGCAGCCGAUGCGGGACCAGAAGGGGGAGCUUCAAUACUUCAUCGGUGUUCAGCUUGAUGGAAGCGACCAUGUCGAACCCCUUAGGAAUCGUCUCUCUGAAAACACUGAGCUACAAAGCACUAAAUUGGUCAAAGCUACAGCGGAGAAUGUGGAUGAAGCAGUUAGAGAGCUUCCUGAUCCCAACGUGAGACCAGAGGACCUGUGGGCAACUUACUCUAAACCUGUUUCUCCAAAACCUCACAAACGAUACAACUCUUCUUGGAUAGCGAUACAAAAGAUUACAAAAUCUGGGGAGAAGAUUGGCUUAAAGCACUUCAAGCCUGUAAAACCUUUGGGUUGUGGUGACACUGGCAGUGUACACCUGGUGGAGUUGCUAGGCAGUGGUGAAUUAUUUGCAAUGAAGGCAAUGGACAAAUCAGUGAUGUUGAACCGCAACAAGGUUCAUCGAGUUUGUAUCGAAAGAGAAAUAUACUCACUGUUGGAUCAUCCGUUUCUCCCAACAUUAUAUACUUCAUUCCAGACACCAACACAUGUUUGUCUCAUAACAGACUUUUGUCCUGGAGGAGAAUUAUUUGCACUGCUUGAUAGGCAACCCAUGAAACUCUUCCGAGAAGAAUCUGCAAGGUUUUAUGCUGCGGAGGUUGUAAUUGGUCUCGAGUAUCUCCAUUCCCUUGGAAUUAUAUACCGUGAUCUAAAACCAGAAAAUAUUUUACUCCAAGAGGAUGGACACAUUGUUCUGACUGAUUUUGACCUCUCAUUUUUGACUUCUUCAAAACCCCAUGUAAUAAAGCAUUCAACAUCAAGACGAAGAAGAUCUAAAGAAUUUCUGCCCCCAAGUUUUGUUUCAGAUCCUGCCACUCCAUCAAAUUCUUUUGUUGGAACUGAAGAGUACAUAGCUCCAGAGGUCAUCACAGGUGCACCACAUUCAAGUGCCAUUGAUUGGUGGGCUCUUGGAAUUCUCUUGUACGAGAUGUUGUAUGGGCGUACACCUUUUCGAGGAAAGAACAGGAAAAAGACAUUUCAUAACAUCCUCCACAAGGACCUUACAUUUCCUAGUAGCAUUCCGGUUAGUCUUGCGGCAAAGCAAUUAAUCCAUGGAUUACUUCAAAGAGAUCCCUCUUCUCGACUUGGCUCAAGUGCUGGUGCAAACGAUAUCAAGCAACAUCCCUUUUUUGAAGAAAUAUACUGGCCGCUUAUUCGCUGCAUGGAGCCCCCAGCGCUUGAUGUUCCGCUGAAACUAACUCGGAAGGAACCUGAACUUAAAGUGAAGCCCGAGGGAGAUUCUCUUACUCCCAGUAUUGAGACAUUUUAAGGUUGUAUGACCCGCUCCUGGAAGGAACGUUAUUGAGCAUGUAUAGUAAUAAGAGGCUUCAUGAGCUGGUAGAAGGAAUUAUAUAUCAUCUUCUGGGUUGCAUUAGAGAUCUUGUACAUGAGUGAUUCUUUUGGUUAGAUUAAGUGCAUAAUGUACCACAUAAAUAGGAUUACCUCCUUGUAGAAGUCCCCACCCUUCCUACAGAUGGUUUCAAUAAAAUGUAGCAUGUAGUAUUGAUGGUAUACAUUAGUACCAUCAUUUGAGAUGGAGUUUUCAUCUACUAGCCGAGGUGCCUGUGCAUUGCUACGAAUCUAAGUCAGUUUCUGAAUA